CUCUUGUACAAAUUAUUGUUUUCAGUGUUUUUAUUUUUCUCUUUUUUUGUUAAUCAUUAAUUUCUUCGUUACAAUGAACCUUAAAUAAUGCUAUUUUUCAUUUCUUUUUCUAAAGCGGCAGAUAAGGGAGUGGUAAAUUUCGAAACUAAGAUUUAUUAUUUUGAUUUGUUGGUGUCUUUUAUACCCAUUAAAGCUAAAAUAUAGUUGACUUUCUAAAACUAAAAUAUAGUUUAUAUAGUGGUAAAUUUAGAAACUUAUUUUGUUUGCAUAUCUUAUUUAUUCUUUACUCGGUGUGUUAUUUUUGUCCAUUAUUGUGCCAAACAAUGAACACACAUUUAUACUUUACUGACGUGAAAUAGGCAUAAUAAGAGUUACCUUCUGAAAGCAAAAAGACAAUUGUCUUUUUGAAUAUCUUAAUUAAAAUAAAGCAAAUUUGGUUUUAGCUGCUUUAGGCACUUUUCCAUUUUGAUUUUAUGUUUUAAUUGUUAAUUUAUUUUUUGUCUUUUUCGUAUUUGUAAAUUAAAAAAUAUUUUUUUUUAGACUUCUGAGAGCAUCUAAGCCUACUUGCUUAAGAAGUUCCACUUCCUGUUGCUUAAUCUAUUAUUUAUGUAUUUAAAAUUGAUGCAUUGAGUUUAAAAUUAACACGUUGAAAGUUUUUCUUAAUGAAAAAAGUUAAUUUUUAAGGUGCAUUAAAUUUAUUUGUAACUUAUAAACAUUUGUCUGUUAAUCUGCAAAUUGAUAUUGCUCUGUAAUUGUGUAGUUACAUAGCAGUUAUGAAGAUUUUAACUGCUGUAACAUAGGUAUAUACCAAUAGUAUAUAUUUUAAUUAGUAUAUAUUUUAAUUGGUUUAUUUUUUAAUUAAAACAAGGUUCCCAUGGUCUUGAAAAAGCCUUAAGAAGUACUUGAAUUUAAUUUUGAUUUUCAAGGGCCCCCAAAGAGUACUUGAAAAUAAUGCUAAGUCCUUGAAAUAUUCGAAAUGGACUUGAAAAUUAUCAGAAACUCGCAAAAAUCGCCCUAUUUCUGGCAUUUAUGUGUUGAACUUUUCACGCAUGCGCGUAUGAACAAAAGAAUGACUUUUCCACCUUUCAGACGAUGAUGACGUAAUGCUCUUCGCUCUUAUCAGUUGUUGACGUCACGAUUUCCCUCUUGCCAACGCAAUCGUUAACAAAGACUGAUUUGACUGGUAACUCAAGGAGGAUAAGUUAUAUAUCAAUAUAUUUUUACUGCAUUAAUUCAUAUCGCUGUGUUAACACGUUGGUUUGUUGUUCGUAUUUUUCCUCGGUAGUACAUUCAGGCUAUUGUUUAUUAGUUCAAAUAAAAUAAUGGGUAAAUGUGUUUUUAACGUUUUGUGGUUAAAUAAGCCAGAAUAUAGUGACUGACUGAAGCAAGGCGAUGGAAAGUAUAAAGCAUCUUGCCGAUUAUGCUCAAAGGAAUUUGAUGUCUCAAAAAUGGGAGAAUCAGCCCUGCGAUCCCACAAUGAAGGUAAAAAGCACAAAGAUCUUUUGAAGAAUCUCAAGGCAUCAAGCCUUAAAAAUUUUGUUGAGCACAAGCAGGUACUGAAUAUUGAGCAACCAGUGCCCAGUUCCUCUACAAGUAGCAUAUCUCAAGAAGCAGUGCCUUCUUCUAGUGCUGUUGUGAAUUUUGGCACUACUGAUAGUACACAUGCUGAGAUAAGAUGGGUGCUAAAGUGCGUUGAAAAUAAUUAUUCUUUUGAUUCAUGUCAAACAAUUGCCGAUUUAUUUAAAGACAUGUUUAGCGACAGUGUGAUUGCCAGAUCUUUUUCUUGUGGGGCCAAUAAAGCUUCGUAUUAUUUGUGUUUUGGCUUAGCACCAUAUUUUAAGUCACAAGUUUUUGAGAGCUGUUAACUCUCAGGUGACUAUUGGGUAAUGUUCGAUGAGAGCUUAAAUAUGUCUCUGCAAUCCAAGCAGUUGGAUGUUUUGGUCAGAUUUUGGGGUGAUGAAAAUGUUGUCACUAAGUACAUUGAUUCAAGUUUUUUAGGCCAUUCUACAGCUGAUGUCACGGUGUCUCAUCUUCUCACCACCAUCAGCAAAUUGGAUUUUUCCAAUUUAAUGGGGGUUUCUAUGGAUGGACCUUAUGUAAAUUGGAAGAUCUUUGAUUUAAUUUAAACGAACUUAAAAAAUCAAUUCGGAUGUCAAAUACCAAAUAUAGGUAGUUGUAGUCUUCAUGUUGUGAAUAACGGCUUUAAAAGAGGAUUUGUUGAGACGCAAUGGCAUUUGGAUGAUUUUUUGAGAAGCCUUCAUUGGCUAUUUAAAGAUGCUCCAGCAAGGAAAGAAGACUUUUUAGAAACCUCAGAAAGUAAAUUGAUGCCUCUUAAAUUUUGUGGCCAUAGAUGGCUAGAGAAUGACCCAGCUGCACAAAGAACUUUAGAUAUUUUGGAUGUUUUAAAACUAUACAUUUCUUCUGUUGAAAAGGGGAAGUUUAACAAACCCAGCUGCAAAUCUUAUUUGCUUGUAGUUGCUUCAUGCAAGGACAUACUUCUUCCUGUAAAACUUAAUUUUUUUCUGUCAGUAAUUAGAAUUCUUCAGCCCUUUUUAACAUUAUAUCAGAAGGAUUGGCCGAUGCUGCCUUUUCUGUUUUGAGGAAAAUGAUUUUAAAUUUAUUGGAUACUUUCAAAGUCUUAAGGAAUGAAUCUGUCAGUGCAAUGAAAGAGCACUGCGACUUUGCUAAUUUUGAUUUUAAUAAUCAUAAAGGUAGCAUCAGCAAAGUUUCAAUUGGAUUUGUUGCAGGAAAUAUACUGAAGAAACUGCUCGCACAGAAGCAGAUAACUGCUAAAGCUGGGCUGGACCUUCAACAUGACUGCCAUUGUGAAAAAAAUAGCAGAAAAGUCACCCCUAUCUAAUCAGUUAGUUCGAUGCCUUGCAUCCCUAGACCCCAGGAGGAUGCAUCACAGCAGUGAUAAAUCAUAUAAGAAAAUGGCUAUCAUUCUGAAAAUAUUGGCUGGGUGUAUAAAAGUCAAUGAUGCAGAAUGUGAUUCUAUUCUUUUGGAAUCUUUGAAUUUUUUAAUUCUGUUGGAGUAAGUGUUGAGUUUAGAGACUUCAACCAAACAACUCAACGACUGAAUGAGUUUCUGAAGAAACACGUGUGUCCAUGAGUAUUCCAAAGUGUGGAGUGUUGUGAAGAAACUUUUACUUCUUUCCCAAGGGCAAGCUACUGUAGAGAGAGGAUUUUCAAUCAAGCGUCAGGUUGAAGUUGAUAAUUUGAAAGAAAAGACAUACAUAGCUAAAAGGCUUGUGUAAGAUGCGUUAUUAUCCUGUGGGGGGGGGCAAAGGGGAUUGAUAUCACUAAGGAGAUGAAAAUUGCUGCUAGAGGUGCUAGACAGAAAUACCGUCAUCACCUUGACCUUAAAGCAAAAGAGAGAGAGCUUGAAAGGAAAAAAAGACCCCAACAACGAUCAAGAGCUCCAAGAACUGCAGUCAAAAAAAAUUUGUCUGAAGAAGACUGUGACUGAACUCAGCAAAUCAGCUGACAGCUUGCUAGAAAAACCUGAGACAACUGAAAACAUAUUGUUGGUAAAAAAGGCGAAUAGCUUCCGAAGGACAGUAAAAGAAAAGCAAUCCGAAAUUGAAACCAUCGAUGAAAUCAGUGAAUUGACCGAAACCAAGAGGGGAAAAAAAUUUGAAAGUUUUCAUAAAUAAUUGGUAUAUUGUCAUAUCUUCAAUAAUUUAAAUGUAAUUUUAAAAUAUUUUCAUAAACACAUGUUAAUGAAAUUUUUUAUAUUUCUAUGUCACUCAAAUUAUGUAUUUCAAAAAUUGAUGAAAUUUUUUUAUAAUGGAAUUUCAAUUAUCGUUUAUUUUUUUUGCUUCAAAUAGAAGUUAACGAAGCCUUUAAUUUUCAUCUCUUCUUUUAUCCAGUUUUUAUGUGUUUUAUUAUUUUUUUCAAGUUUCAUUUAUGAUUUGGAAACUUUUACUGUGUGUUUAGUGCAUAUAGCUUAGGAGUCUUGUAUAUAUUUACUUCACAUUUGUGUUAAAUCAGCUUAAAAUUUACUAACAUCCUUGACUUGUUCUUGUUAACAUGAUAUAGAUGAUCUUGAAAAUAACCUUUUUUUUCUUUAUGAUAUGUGUUUUUAAAGUUGGUUACAUCUUUAACAUUUUGUUUUAUUAAAAUUUGAUUUUCUAAGGCUUUAUUUGGUAAAAUGUGUAUUUCAAAGGUUUAUGCAAUGUUCUUAAAACUGAAUUUUAAUUAUUGUUUAUUUUAUUUUUUUGCUUCUAAUAGAAGUUAACAAAGCCUUUAAUUUUCAUCACUUCUUUUAUGCAGUUUUUAUGUAUUUUAUUAUUUUUGUUCAAGUUUCAUUAAUGAUUUGGAAAAAUUUUACUGUGUAUUUACUACAUAUAGCUUAGGAGUCUUGUAUAUAUUUAAAUCUAGUACUUAUUUAUUUCACAUUUGUGAUAAUUCAGCUGAAAAUUAUUACUAAUUUAUCUUUUCUUAAGGUAAUUUAAUUCUGCUAAAAAAAAAAUUUUUUUUUUUUUUUAAUGUUUUAUUCUGAAUCCUUGACUUGUUCUUGUUACCAUGAUAUAGAUGAUCUUGGAAAUAACCUUUUCUUUCUUUAUGAUAUGUAUUUUAUAUUAAUAUUAUUACGACUUUAACAUUUGUUUUAUUAAAAUUUGAUUUUCAGGGACUUUAUUUGAUUCUUUUUUUCAUCAUAUUUUAUCACAGAUAUUCAACAAUUAUUUGGUGUAUUUGUUAAUGUUCUUUACAUAUCGUAUGAGACAUGAGUUUUUUACAAAUAAAUAUCUUUUAAUAAUUUUAAAUAGUGUGUUUUCUAUUUUUCUU